AUGGAAGUACUCGGUGCUGUUGCAGCUGCGGGCCAACUUUUUGGCACAGCUAUUGGUCUCAUGGAUUCGAUAGUCCAGCUCCGUGACUUCCUUCAGCAUGCCCCGGAACGCUAUAAAGGCUGGCACACUGAGUUGACAGUGCUUGGUGAUACAAUAAUUUGCAUCAUCGACAACCCCGCAUUGCACACGUUCCAAGUUGCGCGCAUCGUUCACUCCAUAGACCUCAAAAUCAAAACCCUGAAGGACCUUUGCGCUCAAUAUAUACAGAAAUCUAAAUUGAGCUUUAUAUCAAGGUUGAAUAACGCCUUCUCAGCUCGCAUUGUCGAGCCCCGUAUUCUUCAGAUCCUUGAGUCCUUAGAGCAUGAUAAAACAACUCUACUCCUUACAUUAAGCAUAUUAAAAGAAAUAUCAUCGGAUGAAAUUUCUCGUCAGGCAAGCCCAGAGCCAGAAGAGGCAAACCAAGGCUCCCAAAACAUACAUCUCAAUGGCUUAAUACCAUGUGAAGCUGCAUACAAUCACCGCACUAGACUUCGCCUAGCAUCUUCUACGAGCACCAAUAAUCCGACUUCUUCACAUAGAACUACCAUUCCCUAG